UGCCUCCAUCCUGUCACCAGGAGCCCCUACAGUCAGUCCUCAGGGCUCUGAGCUCCCUACGCCCCAGGGAAGUGUUCACAGACUUGGGGCAGGCUGACCCUGGGACUGACACCUGGGAGAUGUCCCUGUCUUUGCUUCCUCACCUUAACCAGGCCUCCCCGGCCUUCCUUCCCAGGACAGGCGAUGGCCCGCAUGACUGCAGCCCUGGCCUGGGCGCUGGCGCUCCUCUCAGCGUUUCCCACCGCCGCGGAGGCGCGGAAAGGCCUCAGGGUGGACUCCGGUCAGAGCAGCUGGGACAAGGGCAGGGUGGAGCAGACCCAGCAGCAGAAGCUGGCCCGGGAGUCCGCGAGCCUGAAAGGCAGCCUUGAGCAAGACCUCCACAACAUGGACAAGCUCCUGGAGAAGCUGGGCCCUCUGAGUGGGCAGGGGAGCGCCCCUCCCGGGCUCCCACCCGACCCUGAGGGCCUGAGGCGGCAGCUGCAGGAGGAGCUGGAGGAGGUGAGCGCGCGCCUGGAGCCCUACAUGGCGGAGGCGCACGCGCGCGUGGGCUGGAGCCUGGAGGGGCUGCGGCGGCGCUUGGAGCCCUACACCAGCGCCCUGAUGGAGCAGGUGGCCCUGCGCGUGCAGGAGCUGCAGGAGCAGCUGCGCGUGGUCGGCGAGGACACCAAGGCCCAGCUGCUGGGCGGCGUGGCGGAGGCGCGGGACCUGCUGCAGGAGCUGCAGAGCAGCCUGGUGCACCACACCGGCCGCGUCAAGCAGCUGUUCCACCCGUACGCCGAGCGCCUGGUGAGCGGCAUCGGGCAGCACGUGCAGGAGCUACACCGCAGCGUGGCCCCGCACACCGUGGCCAGCCCCGCGCGCCUCAACCGCUGCGUGCAGCUGCUCUCGCACAAGCUCACGCUCAAGGCCAAGGCCCUGCACGCGGGCAUCCAACAGAACCUGGACCACUUGCGCGAAGAGCUCAGUGCCUAUGCCCGAACGGGCGGGGAAGGGGCGCACCCGGACCCCCAGGCGCUGUCCCAGGAGGUGCGCCAGCGCCUGCAGGCUUUCCGCCACGACACUUUCCUGCAGAUCGCCGCCUUCACCCGCGCCAUCGACCAGGAGACGGAGGAGGUCCAGCAGCAGCUGGCGCCGCCCCCACCGAGCCACAGCGCCUUCGCCCUGGAGUUCCUCCCCGCGGACAGCGGCAAGGCCCGGAGCAGGCUGCAGGCCCGUCUGGACGACCUGUGGGAAGACAUAAACUACAGCCUUCGCGACCAUGAUCUGGGCCAUGGAGGGGAGCCCUGAGGGCCUUUGUCCGCGCCCACUUCCCAGCUCCUUGUUCGGGGAGCCCCAAGCAUGGUUCAGUCCUCGACAGUGGCCUACUGGGCAGAGGGUGGAGGGCCCUGCAGGAUGGGUGAGGCCACCAAAGGGGCAGUUGUCCCUUGCCUACCCAGCCUCCUGCGAGUCCCCAAUCCGGAUGCAUUACACUCACCAGGAUUUGCGAA